AAGAAAUACGCGUUGGUAUUGGUAUUUUAAUGUUUAUUUAUUAUAUUACGACAAUAAACAACAGAUGUAAUAGUAAGACGUAAAUACAACAUUUUCAUUUCAUGGUUUUCAACCUAUUUCUUUGCAAUUUAUUGUUUAUUUCAUUGGAUAAUAAUGUGUGCAAGUAAAAUGUGACAUUAUUAGUCUGAUUGCCCCUCACGGUGCUUUCCAAAAUAUACGCAAAUUCGUAUGCAAAUUUUAAAACAGUGGACGUCUAUGCGUCACAAAUUGAGUGUCUUUACGUAACAGUUACCCCAAACCUCCGGUAAAAAUAUUAAGGGUUAAAAUAAUAACAACAGAUGGACAUGAGCGACGAAAACAUUACGAACGAGUACUUGGUGGACAGUAGUUUGGCCGAAGAAACGGUAGAGUGCAGAAGAAAUGGGUACGUCCUCACAGGAAAGUUUCUUGGUCAGGGUGCGUACGCAAAAGUAUAUCUCGGACAGGCGAUUCCGGAAAAAGCAAAAACAAAUUACAAACUGCGACGUUUGCUCAAUAAACACAGAGACGGGCGGGUUGCGAUUAAAAUUAUCAGUACAACUUCGACACCAAGUAUUUAUAUCACAAAAUUCCUGCCGCGUGAGGUCGCUACGAUGAACAGGUGCUACACACAUAGCAACGUGAUUCAGUUGUACGAUGUGUUCGCUACUUCCAAACGGGUGUACAUGGUGUUAGAAUAUGCCGAGUGCGGAGAUCUCUUGACUUACAUUAAUAAAUGUUAUGCAAAGAGGGCAAAUGCAAACUGUUUAACCGAGGAUAAAGCAAGGGCAAUGUUCAGAGAUAUUUUGGCCGGGGUACAGUUUAUACACUCCCGCGGUGUCGCUCACAGGGAUCUAAAGUGUGAGAAUAUUCUGCUUGCGCAAAACAACCAAGCGAAACUGAGCGAUUUUGGUUUCGCAAUCGAACCUAACCAGAGCAGAGAGCUUCUUCAAACACACUGUGGGAGUUACGCAUACACACCGCCUGAGAUCUUACGGCAACAAAAAUACAACGGAAAGCUAGCUGACUUAUGGAGCUUAGGAGUCAUUCUGUUCGCAAUGGUCAACGGUGGGUUACCAUUCAAAGAGUCAAGCGCAGAGGCGGUGCUUCGUGCAAUGAAGAAACCAGUCUGUUUUAAAGUCUGUCUUUCUGCAGAUUGUAAAGACCUGAUACGUGGCUUGCUAAAAAUGAAACCGAACAAACGAAUGACGAUUGAAGACAUGGUCGUCCAUUCGUGGCUGAAACGAAAUCUCCCACAAAAUCUUCAUGAUAGCAAGGCGAUUGGAGAUAGUAAUUUCCGAGAACUGGCAAGAAACCCUCCAAUGGAUUACAUGCACCCUGCAAACGAGCCGAACGGUGGAUUCGACCGAGCUGACAUCGUGCUUAAAUAUCUUCAAGAACGAAUGGGUAACCAACCUCAUCACCACGUCAGCAUGCCUGCCCAUAAACGAAAGCGGGAGAAACAGAGUAAGAGUGACCCCCCUGCGGCCCCAACUGGCACAGAAGAGAGCGAGGCAACGAAGCCGAAGUCGAGGCCUAAGAAAGCGGCCUCGACCUUCGGUAACCUUCCGAAGCCGAAGCCUCACGUGCAAAAUAGAAGCAGUGUACCGAGCUCUGCCCAAUCUCCGAGUCCAAAGGUUCGGGUAAAGAGGAAGCCGCCAGCAGCUCCGCGCUUGGUGGAAGUGAACGAAGAAAAGGAAAUGAUAAUCUGCGGAGGAUCCCCGAAAACAGGUCUUCCAAAGAUGGACCAGAGGCUGGCUGCAACGAGGGUGGUGGUGAAGUACCCCAAGAUACCAGCACAAGAAGACGUUCGGAAAUCGUUAUUCCGGCUGCGUUACGAGGAGAGGCAGGCAGGGAACCUGUCAACAGUCUGUCAGCGAAAAAGCGACCACGAGUUGAAGUCAAACUCAAAGGAGUCAAGAGGCCGCAAGACAACAGAACCAAUUGCUUCUGCUCAGCGGCCCUUUACGUCACCAAAUGUCAUAAACAUUAAAAUAGAUGAAACGAGGCGCGUGCGUCAUCUGCGAGAGGUGACGAAAGAAAAAUUCCAGCGAUUGACGUCAAACACAGCUCUGCCGGUCACAAACACCCCCAGGCCGGUACCACCACCAAAACAAAGCCUUGCCACCGCAGAAUUUGGUCCAGAGAGCAUACCGCCUAAGAAAACCGACGCUUUCGGCCCAGAAGUAUUCGCCCGGCCUCCGAGAGAACGAAAAGACCGAAGUCAGAUUGUCAAAUAUAACCUUACCUGCUCUCAUGGCUGCCGAAAGCGCUCUGGGUUAACGCGCAAGCCCGCUAGCCCCGCAAGCGUUUGGGGAUCGGCAAGAAAAGAGAAAUCCCCGGCUGUGAGUAAAUGCCCUGCACAGCCCGCCACGUUUUUUCAAGCACAGAGAAUUGUAAAUUACGAUCAUACCCCUAAAAGUUCCGGUGAGCACGAUAGGCCAAAAGAUCAACGACCGACAAAGUAUUCGGCGUGGGAGGCAAGAGGAGAGUCUGCGUCCCCCGUACGGAGAGUCGCAUACGCCGGGAACAUUGGGAAGUUCUCGCGGCAAUCAGCGGCUUAUCAUGCGGCUAAAGAACCAAUGUCACCCGAAGUCAUAACUAUUGAGGAUUUCGUGGAAGGGCUGAACUACGCAUGCUUGCAAGAUCAUGAUAAGCUGCUGUACCGGCGGACGCAGAAGGCGAAAAAACUUCUCGAAACAUCGAGCAUCACCGCCAUCGCCAAAAAUCGGCCUCAGAAGGUCACACCCCCCUCACCACUGCCAUCUUGCGGUCGAAAUAUUCGUCGCAGAGACGUGGUGCUACGGAUGCGCUCGAAACGGUGAAAUAAACAUCCAACUGAUA